CGGUCACACUGACAGGUGUAGCAAAAUAACACAUUUCUGGCCGAGAUCGUCAAAAACAGAGGAUUUAACUGGAAUAUAUAGAUGCUCCGUCGCCAUGUCCGCUUCACAACGCCAGAAGCAGUUCGACAGGAACCGCAGCCGUGCGAGUAACUUGCCCGGCAGCAGCAGCGGCUCCGGCAGCAACACCAACAGCGCCGUCAGCUCGAAAAAUGUGACUUCCCCGAAUCAGCGAAGGAUGCAAACUUCGAUGGAGCGCCUGCAGGUGCAGCAGGCAAACACAAAUCGCCGGGCGGCCGGCUCCAACUGGAUGGCCGCCGCUGGAGGAGGAGCAGCAGCAGCUACGGGCAGCGAGAACCAGGAGGCGACUGCAGAGUCCGCGCCACUGACGAAAUCGGCACGCAUGCGCAUCAAGAAGCAGGCGCAGCGCAAUCGCUACUUGGCCAUGGACUGCGAGAUGGUGGGCGUGGGACACAACGGACAGGACGACAUGCUGGCCCGCGUGUCCAUCGUCAAUCGCGUGGGCCACGUCCUGCUGGACAAGCAUGUGAAGCCGCGCAUGGAGGUCACCGACUACCGCACCAGCGUUUCGGGCAUUCGUCCGCAGGACAUUGCCAACGGCGAGGACUUCCUGGCCGUGCAGAACGAGGUGGUGAAGCUGCUGCACGGCCGCAUCCUGGUCGGACACGCCCUGGGCAACGAUCUGGCCGUCCUGAGCAUCCGCCAUCCCUUCGACGAUAUCCGCGACACGUCGCGCUACAAGCCGCUCUGCAAACUCGUCUCAAACGGCCACACGCCCAGCCUGAAGCGCCUCACCAUGGCCGUCCUGGGCCAGGAGAUCCAGACGGGCGAGCACAACUCCGUGGAGGAUGCACGCGCCGCCAUGGGGAUCUACAAUCGCAUUGCCGGCGACUGGGAGAAGUACCUGGAGAGGAAGCGGCACCAGCAGCAGCACUUCUAGCUGACAAAUCAAGGGAAGGAGUGCGGUAGCCUUAAGUUAAUUGUAUACACGAGUUUCAUUUACUGGGAACUGUUGUUUAAUUCUAUAAAACGUUACAACCUAAGCGGUCUUUUGGAGCAUUUGUUCUGUUUUGAAUUCGGGGAAGAACCCUUAAUAGCAUGUCAGGUUUUUUGUUUAACUUUUAUAAAAAGGGUUCCCAUUCAGCUCUGGCCAAAUCUACAUAAAAUCAGAAUUUAAUUAAAAACUUAUGUUUUUAUUUA